CUAUCGCUGAUUGGUGGUUGGAAACAAAAACGGAGGUUACGCCUAUUACAGAUGACGCACACGACGUAACGCGGAAGUAACGACGGGAACGUCGUCUGCUGAAGACGCCGAAGCUUCGCUGUCAAAUAAGUCAUUUUCUGCUUGGACUUUGAGGUUUCUGUUGUGGACCGUCCGACUUAAUGAGUCCACCUGUCUGCCAUCAGGUAACCAAUGUUAAAUUCUAGUUGAGAGCGAAGGGUCGUCAUCAUGGACCUUUAAGAGCGUCACGACCGCCAUGGAAGCUCCAGUGGCAGCCGGCCCUCCUCCCAACUCUUCCACGCUGCCCGCCCCUCUGCCCCUGCGUCCGGCUCUGGCCCCUUCAGUCCAGCUCGGCUUCACCGCCCUUUACACCACGCUGUACGGCGGUCUCUUCCUGGUAGUGUACGCCCAGCUCUGGCUUCUUUAUCUCUACAAACACAAACGAUGGAGCUAUCAGAGCAUCUUUCUCUUCCUCUGCCUGCUGUGGGCCGCCCUACGCACCACCUUGUUUUCGUUUUACUUUCGGAACGCACUGGAGGCCAACCACCUCCCUGUGGUGGUCUACUGGCUGCUCUACUGCUUCCCUGUCUGCUUGCAGUUUUUUACUCUGGGCCUUAUCAACUUGUACUUCACUCAGGUGCUACUUAAAGCCAGAGAGACUUACAGCUCAGAUGUGGAAAAACGGCUGUGCACUGCCCGCUGCAUGUACGGGGCGCUGAACGCUAUCUUUUUCUGCGUCAACGUGGCCUGCGCGGCUCUCGGAGGCCGCGGUGAUAGCGCAGGGCCGGGGGAGCAGACCUGGACCCUGGUCCUGGUCCGAGUGCUCGUCAACGACUUGUUGUUCAUCCUGGACGCGGUGUUGCUCGCCGCCUUGCUGCUGCUUCUGACGCGGCACUCUCACUCCACCGGCCCGUACCUGACCAGCAAGGGGACCACAGUGUGUCGCACAGGAGUGCUCGGCGCCACAGUCAUCUUGCUGUUUGCCAGCCGAGCUUUCUACAACCUGAGCGCCCUGGUUCUGUCUCAGAACCACCAUGUUGAGUCUUUUGACUUUGACUGGUAUAACGUCUCUGACCAGGCUGACCUACGUAAUGAAUUAGGUGACAGGGGCUAUCUGGCCUUUGGCGCCAUCCUCUUCAUAUGGGAGCUGCUACCAACCAGUCUGCUCAUCCUCAUCUUCAGAGUUCGCCGGCCUACUCAAGAGGUCAGCAACUUGACCGUCAACAACAGGGUCCUAUCUCGUCCUUAUUUCUUCGAUGACCCUCAAGGCAGCGAUGAGGAAGUAGCCGCUCCGUGGACUUCGACCUACCAGCCUCACUCAAGCUGGUACGGAUCAGAGACCACGCCUCUCCUGUUUGCUACCAACCCCCCAGACCAGAAUCACCAGCACCACUCUUUCUACUCCACCCCCCAAAACUGACGGUUGAACGUGGUCGUGGGUCAUGGCGUUCUCAAUGGAGGUCAUCUCAAGGCAAAAAAACAAAAAACAGCUUGGCAGCCAGUAGAACCUCAGUCUAUGUAUUAUUAGUGUAUUUUUGCACUGAAAACCUCAGGAAUUGUCACCAAACAUUAAAUAUGCACCUUCUAGUGUUUUUACCUUUAAGAUAUAUUGUUGUUGUCUCGCAAAGGGAAGCGACUUGUCAUUGGGAAGACGUAGAUUGCCAAACAUUCAGACAGACAAGGUUAAAUUUGGGUUUAACUGCAUUUUGUCACUUUUUUAAAGAGGACAAUCUACUAUUAAAGUGGUUAAACACUGUGAAUGAGCUCUUACAAUUCCUUGAAAUCAUUAACAUUCAAAUACAUUCCUUUUAAUAGAAUGUAUUUAAGAGUGGGAUAGCCUGUCAUAACAGAAUGGAAAUGCAUCCACCACUGUCACAAGUGGAAGAUUUUCAUUGUUACUGCACUCUUCCCUCCCACAAGUGUGUUAAAAUUUUUUCCAUAGUAAUAUUUAUUUUACUCUAUUUUGUGAUUUCCCUGUAUUGUGAUGACAUUUGUAACUUAAUUGUAUUUACAGUUUGGCUGAGAAUUAUAGACCGUGCUUUACAUGCAGCUUUGACUUUAUCACAUUUACUGUUAAAAAAAAGAUUGUCCAGCCUGUUGCCAAGUGCAUGUCUGAAGUUUAAGCUACAUGAAAAAGGAGUUCUAUUCUUGAGUGCCGAUUAAUCUGAACUCACUAGUAGUAAUUGUAUGAAAAUGCAAUUUUUUCAUCACUUCAUAGAUACUUGACAAGCAAACCCCCCCCUCCCCCAAUCCCUUAUACUUAUAUUGCAAAGUAGUAUAUUUGCUUUUCACUAUUUUUCUAAGCUUCUGAUUUCAAACUAUGCUAAAAAUGUGAAAUGCAGGGCCAAUUGUGUAAAAUGUAUAUCCAUUUUCUGUACAGCUUUAUGCAUUUUUUAUUUUGAGGGAUACUACAACUGUGAUGUGUUCCACAAUGAAAGUUAUUGUUCCAAAUGCCAAAACAGUUAACGCUUUCAUUCUCAUUUUAUUGAUAAACUUCCUAGAAUUAGUUUUAAACACAGCCUGAAAGAAAAUGUUGCAGUUUUUCCUUUAUGUACAGAUCACCUUAAUAAAACUCUAUACAGUA